ACUAAUUAUCAAUCAAUAGAUGGUGCCAUCAUAAACGUCACAAACAAAUCCAUUUUAUGCCUAUUUUCUAACCUCAAAAUAUCUCUAAAAACUUGUCAAGUAAUUUAGUGCUUUAUAAUAAUAAACAGGCUUAAACGAUGGCUGCACCGAGUUCUAAUACCGAUUUAACCGAAGAGGAUGCCGCUGAUUUACAAUUUCCUAAAGACGAUGGUUUAGUAACUACAAAUAAAAUAACGGCCGAUUGUAUAAACUGUUACCAAAGUUUAAAUGACCGGUUCAUUUUAUGUGCGAAAUGUGAUUUGUGCAUAUGCUGUUCAUGUUUUGCAUCUGGCGUCGAAUUCGAUAGCCAUAAAAACGAUCAUCCCUAUCGAGUUAUGCGAUACGAUUUUCCGCUGUACGAACACUCUGAUUGGACAGCCCAGGAGGAGUUGCUUUUAUUAGACGGUUUAUUAUCCUUGGGAAAUUACAAGAAUAUAUCAAAAAAAUUAACAAAUCGUACUCCAGAUGAUAUAAAAAGCCAUUACGAAUAUUUUUAUUUAUUAAAAAAAGGUCAUUCUUCUUUACCCGAAAUUUCCUCGCAUGAAAAUUCAGAAUUUAUUAAUCCCGCCGUUCCAUUUCGUUUUCGUGUCGUGGAUAUCGAAGAACCCCCAAGAUACGCAGCCACUUCGGCUUCGUAUCAUUCUGUUGCCGGUUAUAAUGCAGCAAGAUCUGAUUUCGAAUUAGAUUAUGAUAUGAAUGCGGAAGAUUUGAUCGCAAAUUUAGAUUUUGUCGAUUCUGAUGAUCCAAAUUAUCAGAUUUUAACCGAUUUACAAUGCGCCUUGAUACAAAUUUAUAAUUGGCGGUUACGCGAACGUCUCCGGAGACGCAAAAUUAUUCGCAAUCACGGAUUAAUUCUAUUAAGAAAAAUUACCGCUUGGUUACACCGUUAUGAUUCAACGAUUACUCAACCCGUGUAUAAUCGUUUAACAAAGUUUAUGCAAUGCCAUAAUGGACAAGAUUUUGAGUAUCUUAUGGAAGGAUUACACCGAGCUGGGGAACUCAAAAUACAUAUAGCAAGGUUAUGUGAUUUUCAUAAACGCGGAAUAAAAUCGUUAAAGGAAGCUCGACUUUACUUAAAUUUGAAACAACAACGGGAAGAAAAUAUGCGCGAUUUAAAGACGUUUUAUGCGAAUCCAAUUUUUAAUUUUAAAUUUCGUGGUUUAUCUUCCGACGGGCAUCAUCAUCACGGAGUGUCGCAACCGGCGAAAAAACGGGGUACUUUUACCCCGCUUGAUGUGAUUGGUAUGCCAGGUUUGGAGAAAUUAUUACCGAAAGAACGGGAUUUGUGUAGAAACUGUCGAUUGGCGCCGCUGAGCUAUUUGGAGUUAAAAGCUACGUUGAUUGGGGAAAAUAAUAAAUUGGGGUAUUUAAAAUUGUUGACUGCAAGGAGAUUGUUAAAAAUUGAUGUUAACAAAACGAGGAGAUUGUAUGAUUUUUUAGUUGACGAAGGAUAUAUUACAAAAGGAUAAAAAAAGUAUUGUAAUAUAACUUAAAUAAGUUUUUACUGAACUUGAAUAUAAAGAAUAUAUAUGUAUAUU